AUGACGCCACGCGAUCUCGUCGUGCUGCUCGCCUCCUUCUGCCUGUCGUGCGACGCGUUCCGCCUGCCCGCCGCGGGUCUGCGGCUGCCAGCUGGCGCCGCUGCGAGCAGCGCGUCGUCUAGCAGCUGCUGCCGCAUGAUGUUUGGGGGCGCAGGGGGCAAGCCGGACGGCGAGGGCGGGAUGGGAGGUUUCAUGGAGCAGAUGAAGGCCGCCAAGGACAUGUUCAACCCUGAAAACAUGAAGAAGUACGCGGCGCUUGGCCAAAAGAUCCAAGCGCUUCAGGAGGAGCUGGGUCAGACCGAGGUGGAGGUGCCCCUGGACGUCAAGGUGAGCGAUGAAAUGGUGGCCAAGGGCGCCGAGGCGGUUUCGGCGGAGGUGGCGGCCGCGAUGAAGCAGGCGCACGCAAAGUCGGGCGCCUACAUGCAACAGCGCAUGGCCGAGCUCUACAAGGAGCUGGGGAUCGCCGAGCCGCCCAAGCAGUAGAGAGGCGGGGGCUGCUUGAGAGCGCGUGAAUCCGGUGCCGAUUUGUGUCGUUCAUGCCGGGGAGCGCCACACUCACCAGCCCCCCGGGCCCCCUGGGAGCCGGAGAGGGGAGAGCCACCGUGUGCUACCCUGCUCGGCUAGACCGUGUGUGUCGUCCACACACACCUCACACCGACGAUCGCCUGCUUGAAAGCCUCUUUGAAACGCACAUCUAGUCUACACCUACUCGCGAACGCGAUUUCA